AUGAAACAAACAUUUGUUCAAGAUAUUGGACAACAAUUACGGUCCGCUGUAUUUUCCUCAGGCUUAACUACAAAAUUAAUAUGUCUUUUUUGUAUAAUUGGAUAUUUUCUUUCAUUCAAUCCACAAUGUGUUCAAGCACUUGCUGUCAUUCCAGGACGUGUAAUGCCACCGAAUUUUUGGAUUUGGACAUUUCUAACACACGGUUUCAUUGAGUUACAUAUUUGGCACACAAUAAUCGAUGUUAUUGUUGUUUUUCUUUAUUCGAAAAUGAUUGAACCAUUAUGGGGUACAAAUGAACUUUUACGAUUUUAUUUUAUUGUUACCAUUCCAAAUGCAUUAUUUGCGACAUGUAUUUAUUUUGUUUUUUAUGGUUUAACAUUUAAUGAAGAAUAUUUAUUUGAAAGACCUAUUUAUGGUUUAGCUGCAUUUCUUGGUGCUUACUCAGUUGUUAUUAAACAAAUUAUGCCUGAUACAGUUUUAGCAACAACACCUUUUUUUAAACUUAAACAAGAUCAAGUACCUUUAUUAAUUGUACUUUUAUCAACUAUACUUUGGUUCGUUCAUGCUGUACCUAUACAUUUUUUAAUUAUGUUGAGUUUUGGCAUUAUUAUUAGUUGGACAUAUUUAAGAUUCUUUCAAUCUCAUCAAAAUGGAACAAAAGGCGAUACAUCAACAUCAUUUUCAUUUGCUAGUUUCUUUCCAUCACCUAUUUCACCAAUAAUAAGUCUUUUUGCAAAUACAAUAUUUGAGAUAUUUGUUAAACUUAAAUUAUGUAAACCGUUUGUUAAAAAAUAUAAUGUAUCUUCAUCAUCCAGUAUAACAGUUACCAUACCUGGUGCCGAAGCUGCUGAUGCUGAUAGACGAAGACAAAAAGCCUUAAAAGCUUUAAAUGAUCGCAUGAAACAAAAACAAACGACAAGUGAAAAUUGGCCUGAACUUGACGAAACUCAUCAAUCACAAUUACUUGCUCAAAGUGAUCAAACACAAAAUUCAUCUGUAACUAUUGAUAUGACAAAUUCAAAUGAACUCACAUCAACUAUAACAAAAGAAGAUUUAAAUCAACCAUUUCUCGAUACAGAACAACAACAAUCAACAUCAUGA